AUGAGUUGCUUCCACAAAAACGUGUAUGCAAAUUUUUUCAUAAUAGCUGUAGAAAAAUAUUCGCAAAAAUUGCAGCAGUUCUCGGUUAAUAAAAUUUUUUUCAUCGGAUAUUCAAAUAGUGGUCUAUAUGUAGGGUAUAUUCGCAAUUAUGCAUAUUUGUACAUAAUAAUUCACGAACCGUCGGGCAUUGCGGCGCACGACGGUAAACGCCCUGACGGGUGUACCUUGAUUCCUUGGAGAGCCGGCAGGUGCUUGGCGUGGGACGUUACCGUCCCGGGCACUUUUGCUGAGCGCUACGUGCAGCUUACUAGCAAAGAAAGCGGUUUGGCUGCAACCAGGGCAUCUGACGAGAGGAUCAAAAAGUACGACGGAGCUCUCCCCUCGAUGGAGUUUUUACAGAUUUGUAUCGAGGUUCUCGGCCCCAUGGACCGUAACACCUCCGGGUUUUUCAAUCGAAUUUGCAAAAAUAUCAAUAUUAGGUCAGGCGAUAGUAGGAAAUAUUUUUUUGCUAUGAAUAAUAUCUCGUGCAUCCUGCAGCGGUUUUUGCGCGUCUGUGUGUUGGAAAAUGUGGAGUUGAAUGCCGACGGGGUUGAGUGA